AUGAUUCUGAAUGAAAGAUUUUGGAAAUGGGUAGGGGUCAUGGAACCUUUGGUGAAGGUUUUAAAAGUAGUUGAUCAAGAUAAAAACCCUACACUACCUAUCAUUUACGAGGCAAUGGAUAGGGCAAAAAUGACAAUUAAAACCGCUGUGAAAGAUUUUCAACAAUAUUGGGAUAUCAUCGAUGAAAGAUGGUAUAACCAAUUGCAUCAAGAUUUGCAUGCUGCAGCUUAUUUUUUAAAUCCUAGUCUUCAAUACUCUGGCACUUGUGAAUUUGAUUCAUCGGAGGUUCGAAACGGAGUAAAAAAAGUUAUUAUAAGACUCGAGCCAAAUUUGGAUAUACAAGUAAAGACUAUGAAUAAGAUAAAUACAUUUGUUAACAAAAUUGGAGAAUUUGGAAGUGCACUUGCUAUUAGAGCUGUAGCUACAUCUUUACCAGCUGACUGGUGGAAUGUGUAUGGUGAUGAAGCCCCUAAUUUACGGAAAAUUGUAUUAAAAGUUUUGAGUCAAACAUGCACAUCAUCUAGUUGUGAGCGCAAUUGGAGUACGUGGUCUUUGAUCCAUACUAAACUUCGGAAUAGAUUAGCUAUUGAGAAACUGCAUAAGCUAGUCUAUGUCCACUACAACAUGCGUCUUCGGUUGGAUGAGGCUAUUGAUGAAAGUGGAGAUGGAAUUGACAGUCAGCGUAACGAUGAUGACAGCGAUAUUGGUGGUGGUGGUGGUGGUGGUGCCGAUAAUGGUGGUGAUAGCGGGAGCUAUAGAGAUAGCCGAUAUUCAAGUGAUAUGGGAUGGACUCAAGGAAAUGAAAAUUAUUAUGCUACCCAAGACACUGAUCAUGGAUAUCGUCCUAGGAUAGAAGCUCAAAGAGAUUUUCUAAAUAGUUUAACAGAAUUUUCAAGUGAAGCCGAUGCUUCAAAUUUUUCAGAUACUAGGAGAUAUUCUGGAGUUCACGAACAUAUGCAAGAUUUGAAUAUAGGUUAUUCCUAUGAAGAUUCUUCCCACAAUUCGAGUUCCAGUAAUAAAUUGGGGAGACAAGAGUGGGACCAACCAAAUGCAUAUCAUCAUCCUUAUUACUGGGUAUAUCAAAGAGGUUCAUUUAGAGAAGGAUAUUCAUACUAUGAUCGAUCAGAAGAUGGAAAUGGUUUUGAAGCUCCACGAUACUCCACAAGGAGAUGGCCAGAAUGGUGGAAAUUUGGUGUUGGGUUUCAAUGUAACAAUCUUAGGCUUUGGAAUCUUUAUCUAGAUGAAAUGCAUCUUUAA